UUUAUUAUGAGGACUAUAUGCUCUAGAGACCUCAGACAAGGCAUCUCAUAGGAGGCUUUUUCAUAAAACUAGGCUCUGCUGGUAGUAAGGAGGCCAGUUUGGAGGCAGGCGUUGAGCUGUGCACAUCUCCCCACUCCAGCCACCUUCUCCAUACCCAUCUUUUAUUUCAUUUUUCCACUUGGCUGAGCCAUCCAGAGCCUUUUCAAUGUAUAAAAUGGAAUAUUCUUACCUCAAUUCCUCUGCCUACGAGUCCUGUAUGGCUGGGAUGGACACCUCGAGCCUGGCUUCAGCCUAUGCUGACUUCAGUUCCUGCAGCCAGGCCAGUGGCUUCCAGUAUAACCCGAUAAGGACCACUUUUGGGGCCACGUCCGGCUGCCCGUCCCUCACGCCGGGAUCCUGCAGCCUCGGCACUCUCAGGGACCACCAGAGCAGUCCGUACGCCGCAGUUCCUUACAAACUCUUCACGGAUCACGGCGGCCUCAACGAGAAGCGUAAGCAGCGGCGCAUCCGCACGACUUUCACCAGCGCGCAGCUGAAAGAGCUGGAGAGGGUCUUCGCCGAAACGCACUACCCUGACAUCUACACCCGGGAGGAGCUGGCGCUGAAGAUCGACCUCACCGAGGCGCGAGUCCAGGUGUGGUUCCAGAACCGCCGCGCCAAGUUCCGCAAGCAGGAGCGCGCGGCAGCGGCCGCAGCAGCCGCGGCCAAGAACGGCUCUUCGGGAAAGAAGUCUGACUCCUCCCGGGACGACGAAAGCAAAGAGGCCAAGAGCACCGAUCCGGACAGCACUGGGGGCCCGGGCCCCAACCCUAACCCUACUCCCAGCUGCGGGGCGAGUGGCGGCGGCGGCGGCGGGCCCAGUCCCGCAGGAGCCCCGGGGGCUGCGGGGCCUGGAGGUCCGGGAGGCGAACCCGGCAAGAGCGGCGCGGCUGCAGCGGCAGCGGCGGCGGCGGCGGCGGCGGCGGCAGCAGCAGCGGCGGCGGCCGGAGGCCUGGCAGCAGCCGGGGGCCCUGGACAAGGCUGGGCUCCCGGCCCUGGCCCCAUCACUUCCAUCCCGGAUUCGCUCGGGGGCCCCUUCGCCAGCGUCCUAUCUUCGCUCCAAAGACCCAACGGUGCCAAAGCCGCCUUAGUGAAGAGCAGUAUGUUCUGAUCUGGGAUCCGGCGGCGGCGGCGGCGGCGGCGGGCGAGCCGGGUCCGGGCGGGCGAGUGGGCGAGCGGGUAGGCCCAAGGCUAUUGUUGUCGCUGCUGCCGUGGCUUUUUCCUGGAGAGCCUAAAGUAAUCGCGAUAAGAAUAAAGAGAAAACAGCGUCGCCCCCAUUUCAACCCCACUCCUACCCCCUUCCUCAACCCUCCCAACGAGACGAAUCGAAACAAAACGCUUUUCCGGCUUCGCACCUGCUUCGGGGCCACGCGGCCGGGCCCGGGCUCCGCCUGCCGACUGGGAGGUGUGAGCGGCGCGGCCUGGACUUGGGGGCACUCUCAGGGGGCUGUGUCUGCGUGUCGCUGUAUGUCUGUCUCGGGGAAUGUGUGUCUGUGGCCCGAGCAGGUGACAGGGAGAGAGGGGUGGGAGGCCACAACCAACUCAGUGACUUGCUUUGAGAAAGAGAAAAGUAAACAAAACUCCCCCAAAUUAAAGGGGGGGGGGAAGGAAGGCAGUAAAACGUUAAAAAAAAAAUCCGAAAGUUUUAAAAUCCAAGAAAAAAUUAAAGUAAAGGGGGAAGAGGGAAGCUGCAGCGGGCGCCGAGGUUCUGUCUUGCGAGUCCCCUAAAUUCAUCCGCACUCUGGGGACAGCACAGACUCUCCACGUAGGGCCCCUCCUCAGGGAAGAGUAGGGACGCCUUCCAGCCCCCCUUCCCUUCUAGUCCUGGGGUUCGGGCCACCGAGGCACCGAAUCCUGCAGACUGUCCCCGCGGCCAAGGGGACUUCCUCGUGUCCGCUUGCCUGUCCCACCUCGUGGAACACCAUCCCGCCAUCUGCGCAUCCAACCCCCACACAGUUGCAACUCUCCACCUGAAUCUGUGCAGCCACUCGGCCCUGAAAGAUGCCCUAUACAUGAGAUGCCUUUUCAUCCGCAGCCUCUGCAAACUAUGUCACGUAUUUCGCAACCUUUCCCUGUUUUUUUCUCUCCUGACAUCCCCACAUCGGCAUUUUCUUCCACCAGCUUUUACUGAACUUUUUGGCACUGCUUUGGAUUGGAGUCAAUUGCAGUCCACGCAAAUGGCUGCAGAGAAACCUACCCAGCAAGGAAAAGACGUGCACACAAGUUUGCGGAAGUGCCUGCACUUCUGUUUGAUCCGAAACGGACUCACAUCCUGUACGGUGGAUGGACUGUAUAUUGAUGAUUCCAUUCUUCGCGCAGUUUAGACAUCUCUGUUGGGAUUUUUUUGUUCGUUUGUUUUUUUAUUUUAAAAGGCACAAGCUAUAGAUAUUAGUUGGAUGUUGAGGCUUUAACUUUUUUGGUGUCUUUCUACAGCUGUGUUCUGUGACUCAAUUGUAUCGUGUUAAUAUCAGUACAGACCGUCUCCUCUACGUGACCGUAUAAUGUUUUUCUCUUCUUGUAGUCUCUAUGGCGUGUCUUUAUGAAAUAAUAAGGUUCUCACGGGUUCAAUUCCUUUGUGUUUAGAGAGACCACAAUUCAGGCAAUGGUAUAUAUUUUUGUCAUCAGGUGCAUGUCUGUCUGACUUCUUUUUUUCUUCUUGUUGGACUAUGUUUGUGAACAUAAGCAUCAUAAGUUAUGUUUCAGAUUUUCGAAUUUAUUUAUAUGUGUUAUAAUGAAUGCUUCUAUUUAAAAGGGAAAUAUUUCUACAUGUGCAUAUAGUUUUCCAAGAGUGUACCAUUAACUUGAUUGUUGAUAAUAAAAACAAAAAGCAAG